UGUGUGUGUGUGUGUGUGUGUGUGUGUGUAUGUGUGUGUGAGAGAGUCUGAGACCCACGACCAUACACAGAUCACUCUCCACGGCACAGAGACAUGUCACAGCUCACUGCCCUCCACAGCUGUCUGAUCCUGUCCUUCCUGUCCUCCUGCGGUAAUAAUGAGGUCUUGCGUGUGAUCCAGUACCCUCCCGAUAUAACGGUGGAGGAGGGAGAGACGGCUCACAUGCAGUGCUGCUGGGGGUGGGGUUCGCAGAAGGAGCAAGUGCGACUGGAAUGGAAGAACAGCACAUCUAAAAUAUAUGAUCAUCUGAUAAAUAUGAGUAGCACAGUGUAUCAAACAACAUCAACAAACCUGGCAAAGGAAGGCGAAUAUGGUUCUUCUAUCUCUGGAAACUGCUCCAACUUUAGUAUUUCUGGUGUAUCUAUGAACCAUGCAGGUGUAUUCAUCUGUGUUAUUCAGGCAGAAAUUCCCUAUUUUAUGACUGGAGAAGGAAAUGGAACUCAGCUAACAGUGAAACCCAGGCCUGGAACAAAUACGCCAUCCCUGGGUAAUAAUGAGGUCUUGCGUGUGAUCCAGUACCCUUCCGAUAUAACGAUGGAGGAGGGAGAGACGGCUCACAUGCAGUGCUGCUGGGGGUGGGGUUCGCAGAUGGAGCAAGUGCAACUGAUUUGGGAGAACAGCACAUCUAAAAUAUAUUAUCAUAGAAUAGAUAUGCGUAGCACAGUAUAUCAAACAACAUCAACAAACCUGGCAAAGGAAGGCAAAUAUGAUUCUUCUAUCUCUGGAAAGUGCUCCGACUUUAGUAUUUCAGGUGUAUCUAUGAACCAUGCAGGUGUAUUCAUCUGUUCUAUUCAGGCAGAAAUUCCCUAUUAUAUAGCUGGAAAAGGAAAUCGAACUCGGCUAACAGUGAAACCCAGGCCUGGAACAGAUACGACACCUCAGGCAGUGGAGGAGUCAGGAGCCAGUGUGGAGGAGGUGUUGAUUUUCAUCCUGCGCUGUCUGCCGUUCCUGGCCCUGCUCACGGCUGUGUUCUGCCUCUGCUGGAUAGAGGCCAAAGCUGCAGACAGGGCGCCAGAAGGUUCUGGAAGAGAGGAGGAAAAUGAAGCUGACAAUGAGCCUGCCACGUCACUCCUGGAGGCUGCAGAUGCUGAGGUGGUGGGAGGAAGAAUCGUGGUUCCCUGCCCCACGCCCUCCUCAGGCCAACCCGAGACUGAAAAUGAGACGAUUACCCCCGUCAUUUCAUGACCCGAUCUGUGGAAUUAACUCUUCAUACAUGGGUCAAAUAAAUACUUGACUGUGAAUUUUAAAAAAAUCUUUGAGAUUACUUUCAUUUUGUAAAGAGGCAUUUUAUUUUCACCAACGUUCAGAAUAUAUAAUAUAAGACCAUCACCUUCGGUUAGUGUCAUGGUUGGUUCAAAAUCAGGCAUAUUUACCGUCACUGAGCACUUCAUUAGGUAGACCUGUACACCAGCUUAAUGCAAAUAUUUAAUCAGCCAAUCAUGUGGCAGCAACUAAAUGCAUAAAAGCAUGCACACAUGGUCAACAGGUUCAGUUGUUUUUCCAACCAAAUGUCAGAAUGAGGAAGAAAUGUGGUCAAAGUGGAAUGAUUUGCUGAUGCCAGAAAGGGUGGUUUGAGUAUCUCUGAAACUGCUGAUCUCCUUUGAUUUUCGCACACAACAGUCGAAGCUGAUUGGACAUGAUCGGUCACAGCUUCUUUUCUUAUCAGUUUUCAACUUCCC